AUGAAGCUCCCCAAUCCCUUCAGCUUCCGGCCGGGGCCCGUCACCUUCUGGACGACGGUCAUCUAUCUCGCCCUCGUUAUCCCGCUGAUCUACGUCCACGAAACCGUGCCGCCUGUGCCAUCGAGCCACUCUCUCAAGCAGGGACUGGAUUUGGACGAGGCAUGGCUUGAUCUGCAGCUCAUGACGAGACAGUACCACCCGUACAACAGUCGAGCAAACAACGAAGUUCGCGAAUUCCUCAUCAAGCGCUCUCACGAAAUCUUAGAACGCAAUGGCGUUCCCUACACAACCGAGAGGACUGGAGGUGUCAUUUGGGAUGCCAGGUCUGUCCAUCUCAAUGCAUCUACUGUUGCCGAAACCAAUGACGAGCCGAGAGCCAAGCGGGCGCCGGGUGCCACCAUCUUCGAUGACCGCAUCUCAAACGUAACCUGGACCGUCGAUUCGCUGCUGCAAAGCGCCAAGAAGGGCCCCAAGACGUGGCAGGGCUAUUACUUUGAGGGCGACAACUUCUACAUCUAUAUUCACGGCGAGGAAGAUCCUGAAGGCGACUGGUGGACGUCACAGGCUGGAGCAGCCCGCUACAGCAAAUCUGGAGGUGUCCUCGUCAACUGCCACUUCGACUCCGUCUCGACUGGGUACGGCGCCACCGACGAUGGCAUGGCCUGCGUGAGCAUGCUCCAGCUCUUGAGCUACUUCACCACCGAGGGACAACAGCCGAAACACGGCAUCGUGCUGCUUUUUAACAAUGCCGAGGAAGAUGGUCUCCUCGGCGCCCGUGCUUUCGGCUAUAGCCCGCUGCUCAAGUUCUGCCACACCUUUGUCAACCUGGAGGGAGCUGGUGCUGGCGGUCGUGCCAUGCUUUUCCGAACCACCGAUCUCGAGGCUGCCAAAGCCUACGCCAAGAGCCCUCACCCCUUUGGAUCCGUCGUCGCGGCAAACGCAUUUGAGCGAGGGGUCAUCAGCAGCGGAACCGACUUUGAGGUGUUUGCUCCAGACUUUGGACAGCGCGGCGUGGAUAUUGCCUUCUACCAGCCCCGAGCACGCUACCAUACCGAGGACGACGAUGCGCGUCACACUUCGGUCCGCAGCAUCUGGCACAUGCUGUCUGCCGCUCUGGCCACUGCAGAGAGAUUCUCAGAGGUUACCGGAACGGUCUUCAGCGGCGAUCGGCGAGACGGUGACAAAAGCCUGGUCCAGAACGGCAAGCCGACUGAGGGUGUCUACUUUGACUGGUAUGGCAGCGGCUGGUCGGCGUUUCCGCUUCGAGGGCUCUUUGCGUGGUCCCUCACUCUGCUCCUGGUUACGCCUCUGGUGUUGAUCGUUGUCACCUACUUGCUCAUCCGUCAGGACAAGUACUACUUCUUUGCCAAGGACGUCGAGCUGGAGAACUCUGAGAUCCACGACGACCCGAUCGCUCUCGGUGGUUGGCGUGGCUUCUUCCGAUAUCCUCUGGCCCUCAUCUUUGCCGUGGGGUUGACACUGGGCUCAGUUUUGCUCGUCGCCAAGGUCAAUCCGCUCAUUAUCUACAGCAGCGGAUAUGCAGUCUGGGCCAUGACUGUGUCGUUGUUCUACAUAUCCUUCUUCAUGAUCAUGAGAGGGGCCAAUUUUGUCAGGCCUUCCGCUCUCCACCGCGGAUUUGCCCUCAUCUGGCUGUUCAUUCUCUCGUGGAUCGUUCAAGUAUUCGCUGCGGUUGCCGAAGACCGCAUGCACAUUGGCAGUCUCUAUUUCACAGCCUUUUUCCACACAGCCGUCUUUGUAUCGCUCUUCAUCUCGCUGGUCGAGCUAUUCGCUCUGCCCGGAAAGGAAGAUUUCGCCAACCAGUUCCAAGACGACGCAGCGCCGGUGCAUAUCCGAGUCACCAGCUCUGAUAACACGAUCACCGGCAACGAAGACGACCAAGAUGACGCUACAGAAACGACGCCGUUGAGGGCUGAAGGGAAUGGCUACGGAUCGAGCGACCAACCGACGUUUGCCAGCACCUAUCGGCGGUCGGCUCAUUUGGACGAGCCUGCUCCCUCGGAUCUGAUCAGCUUCCCUCCGUACGAGCACGAACAAGCGUGGUCUGGGCGGCUGCCGACCUGGACCUGGAUUGUUCAGUUCCUCCUGCUUGCCCCUAUCCACAUCAUCCUCGUGGGCAAUCUAGGGUUGGUGCAGACGUCCGCCAUGGCCAUGAACGGUGCCGACGGCGGCAGCCUCUUGUCUCCCAUUAUGGGCGUUGGGAUAAUGACGAUUUUGCUUUUGCUCCCCUUGACGCCUUUUAUGCACCGCAUCACGCGCCACGUGCCGCAGUUCCUCUUCGUCGUCUUCGUCGCCACGUUCAUCUGGAAUCUUGCUGCUUUCCCCUUCUCCAACAGCGCUCGGUACAAGCUGUACUUCCAGGAGGUCAUUGACGUGGAUGCAGGCACAAACGUGGCUACGCUAACUGGUCGCUCGGAGUAUCUCCACAAAGUCCUCGACUCUAUCCCAUCCGUUACCGGCCAGGAACUGGCUUGCAGGGCCGCCACGCGCACAGGCCUCACUACCUGCGAAUACGAUGCGUCAUCUCUCCCGCCGUAUCUUGCCAACGGCACAGAUCCGAAGGACUUGAUCACUGUGUCGAGCUCGAAGUCAUCCGACGGCAAGACGGCGAAUCUCAAGGUGGACGCUUUGGACACCAAGAUGUGCAUUCUGAACCUUACCCAGCCGGUGUUUGGAUUUACGAUUAACGGCGGCGCUCCCCCGGACACCCGAUUUGGUACGAUUCCGCGUGGGGGACUGCGGACGAUUACCCUCUUCAGGCGAGAAUUCGAGGGGCCGUGGGACCUUGACCUUCAGCUGACGGAGGAGGACCACGUGUUGGAUGCGGACGCGCUGGAGGUGAUAGUGAAGUGUGCGUACAGCGACAUGAAUGACGACAAGACGAUACCGGUGCUGCGCGAGCUGUAUCAAUACAUGCCAAAGUGGGCUGUCAUCAGCAAGACGGCAGUUGCCCUUGUGGAAGUCAGGAAGAAGUUUCCUAUAUCAUGA